CGGCGGCCGCCCGAGAGCCGGCCCCGCCGAGCCUGGAGAACAGACGUCAAACUGCCUUAUGAAUAUUGAUGCGGAGGCGAGGCUGCUUUCGUAGAGGAGCAGAAGGAAGCAAGAUGGCUGCCCUGUAGGAUUUGUUAGAAAGGAGACCCGGCUGCGACGGCGGCGGACUGCGAGGCUGAGGGACCAGAACCAGGCUGGCAAACAUUCAGCAGCUUACCCUCCCAAGACUGUCCAUGUCCCUUGUUCCUGUUCUCCUACGGUGCUCGGAAGCAGGAGAUGGGCUCGCUCAUGGUCAACAGGACAUGAUCCCGGAGGAGCAGUGAGGGACAGUGCUGCUGGUCCUGGGGAUCAAACUCAGGUUGUUAGGUCAGCAGAAACGUUUACCCACUGAGCCAUCUCUCUGACCAAGAAGAUUCAUUCAGAGGGCAACCUUGUGGAUGGCCCCGAAGCAAGCCUGAUGGAACAGGACAGAACCACCCAUGCUGAGGGCACCAGACCGAGUCCAUUCCUGAUAGCAUCACCUCCCAUUGGCCACACAGAAGAACCUCUGGCUGUUAAACUCCAGAAUGGAAGCCCAUUAGUAGCAAGACCUCAUCCAGAAGUAAAUGGAGACAACGCCAAGUCGCAGUCUUUCCAAAGCUGUUAUAGAAUACCCCACAUAAAAGGCAGCCAGAGAAGUCAUGAGAGCCCAGACUUCAUACAUGAAGGCAGAGGGUAUUCCAGGUGCUUACACAAUGGAGGAAUAAAACGCACACUCAGUGAACCAUCCCUCUCUGAGCUCCAUCUAAAAAAAUUGAAACUAGACCAAAAAGCUAAGGGAGAAAGUAAUAACUUCGGGGAAAGAAACGUAGGUAAAAGCAGCAGUCAGCCAAAUGUCUCCGGACUAAGUGACAGAGAGCCCAUCAUCACCUCAAUUGCCCAGGAAAGUACAGUUGCAGACGUAGAUGCUUUCCCGACACGGAACUACAAUGGAGUUGAAAACACAGCCUUUCAGAUUAUCAAUGAGCAGCAAGAAGGGGAAAAUGGCAGGAACAUUACAUUACUUAAAAACAAGACUGUGCUAAUGCCUAAUGGUGCUACAGUUUCUGCCCCUUCUGUGGAAAGCACACAUGGUGAACUGGAAAAAGCACACUGUUAUCCAGAUUGUGUUUCCAUUGCCGUGCAAAAUACCACAUCUCAUGUAAGCUCCCUUAGCAGUCAAACUGCUACCGAGUUGUCAAGUGAGAUCCCUCAACCAUCGCUUACCUCAGCGCAGAUCAAUUUCUCACAGACCUCAAGCUCCCAGCUGCCUCCAGAGCCAGCUGCAAUGGUGACUAAGGCCUGUGAUGCUGAUAAUGCCAGUAAACCAGCUGGAGUACUAGGUUCGUAUUCUUUUCAGAAAGCAGAACACCAACAGAAGUCAGUCUUGGAGAAAGGCCCAUCUCGUACAGAAAGCAAAAGCAUCCAAAGGAACAUGAAGGCAUUUGCUGAAGAAUACUAUCCUAGUUCCAGCAGUGGUCUGCACGCUUCCCAUGGCCGCUCAAAGGAAACCAAUGGUGCUCACUUCAGGCAAAGAGUAAUGUUCCCUAAUUCUGCCACUACCCUGGCCCCACCAUCACAAUCACUUCUGGCUCCCCACCUGGUCCUUCCUUCAGAAGGAAAAGCUGCUAUGAAUGAUGUCGCUUUGGAAGAACACCAUCACCAUCCCAGCCAAAGUAACCUAACUCUCUUAAGGGAAGGAAAGAUAGAACAUCAGCCUACGACAUCAUCUAGCCAGAGUCUGAACCCAUCUCUACAUAUACCCAACCCCCCCUUGAUUCUUCCAGAACAGCAUCAGAAUAAUUGCAUGCCACCGUGCUCUGAAAAAUCAAGGAAAAUGCCAGAAUAUCUCAUGCCGCCGAAUCAUGGCCACAGUGGAGGUUUACAAGAACGUAGCCAAUAUCUGAGGGGACACAGGGAGCAAGAAGUUCUGAAGGAUGCAAAUGAGAAACCAACUCUGUACACUGUUGAAAGCUCUAUACAGGCCGGCCGUGGCUGGAUCCAACUGAAGACCUCUUAUUUUCGUGAAACACUCCAUCAGACAAAAUGCAAGGAAACAUCUUUGCACUCAUUCCUUCACUCUCAGACCAGCCCUGCCAAUCCAACGAGCUCCAAACAGUCCACUGGCAAUUUAAACAUGCCUGGAGGAUUCCAAAGGCUACCUUAUAUCCAGAAAACAGCUCAGCCAGAGCCGAGGUCACAAAUGUACCAAGUGGAUGUGAAUCAAGGACCAGGUAUGGGGAGCCAACAUCUACAGUUCCAGAAAACUUCAUACCAGGAAUGCAUCCCCAGGACAGAUCUCUCACCUGAAGCUCACCUGCAAGCACAGAGUGUUCCUCAGUAUCAUCAUUUACAACAAAGAGUAAACCCCUCCACUGAUAAGCAUUUGAGUCAAAAGGCCACAGAGACUCAACUGUUAUCUAGAUUUUUACAACAUACUCCUCAUAAGGCUGCACACACACAAGCACCCCAGAACUCAAAUAUCCCUCAGUUCUGCCAGCAGCAGCAGCAGCAGCAGCAGCAGCAGCAGCAUCAAAUACAGAGAAAGAAUAAAGAGCAGACACCUCAUGCUUUCACUCCUCUCCAAGGCAGCAAUGACAAGCAAAGAGAAGUCUCACGCUUUGGCCAGAUUAAAGCUGAAGAAAGCAAAAAUCAGUAUUCAAAAUCAAGUAAUUUCCAAAAUAAGACCCCAAACCUGCAGAACAUGCAGUGUUUCCCGGAUAAUGUGACCCCAAAUCAGGAUGUUCAUCACAGGUGCUUUGGAGAACAAGAGCAGAAGCUUCGAGCUUCUUUACAGGGUCUUAAAGACAGAAGCCAGGCUGAGGUCACAGCUCUACUAGCUGAAGCAGCCCAGCAGAGGUAUUUGCAUAAUCAAUCAAAGGCACUCCCUGUGCCUGAGCAAACAGGGAGUCACACACAGACCCCUCAGAAGGACAAUCAGAAGCAUGCUGCCUUAAGGUGGCUUCUCUUACAGAAGCAAGAGCAGCAGCAAAUACAGCAAUCCCAGUCAUUUGGUCAUAAUCAGAUGCAUAGGGCAGUCAAGACUGAGCCUGGAUCCAAGCCUUCUUCCUGUGUCAGAAAGACACUCCCCAUGUCUGAGCCACAAGAAAAUAUGUCCAAAAGGAUAAAGCAAGAGAUCCCGUCACCAAGCUGUGGUAAUAAUGGGCAGCCAAAGAGCAUCAUUGAGACCAUAGAGCAGCAUCUGAAGCAAUUUCAGCCCCAGGCACUCAAUGAGUAUAAGGCUCUGACACACAAGUCACAGAAACAGGUGAAAGUGGAAACAUCGACAAAUAUCCAUGCUGCAGAAUCUGAGAACCACACCCCAGCUACAGAGCUGCAAGCAGCUCUUUCAGAAAGGAUACCAAUGAAAAGACCAUAUUCUGUUCUCAACAAAGAUUCAGAAUCUCAUCAAUCAGAUAUUCCUGAUGCACUGAAGGAUAUUAAAUGCCAAGCAUGCAAAAAUGCAGAAAAAGAUGAAGCUCCUUCUUAUGACCAUCUAGGAGCUGGUCCUAAUGUGGCAGCUAUAAGAACACUCAUGGAAGAAAGGUAUGGAGAGAAGGGUAAAGCUGUUAGGAUUGAAAAAGUUGUAUAUACUGGUAAAGAAGGCAAGAGCUCUCAGGGAUGUCCUGUUGCUAAAUGGAUAUAUCGGAGAUCGAGCGAGGAGGAGAAGGUACUGUGUUUGGUUCGAGAGCGACCGAAUCACACUUGCGACACUGCUGUGAUGGUGAUAGCCAUCAUGCUGUGGGACGGAAUCUCGAAGGUUCUCGCAUCCAACCUCUACUCUGAACUCAAGGAGAUCCUGAGCAAGCGAGGCAUCUCUACCAAUCGUCGCUGUGCUCAGAAUGAGAAUAGAAACUGUUGUUGUCAGGGUGAGAAUCCAGAAACCUGUGGUGCCUCCUUUUCUUUUGGUUGUUCUUGGAGCAUGUAUUAUAAUGGAUGUAAGUUUUCCAGAAGCAAGACCCCAAGGAAAUUUAGGCUACAAGGAGAUGAUCCAAAACAGGAAGAGAGACUAGGUUCUCAUUUGGACAACCUGGCUACCAUCCUUGCUCCAAUAUACAAGCAACUUGCACCUGAUGCAUAUGCAAAUCAGGUUAAAUAUGAACAUCAAGCUCAAGAUUGCCGUUUGGGUCUGGGGGAAGGCCGACCAUUCUCAGGGGUCACGGCAUGUUUAGACUUCUCUGCUCAUGCCCACAGAGACCUGCAGAACUUGCCAAAUGGCAGUACAGUGGUGGUCACCCUCAAUAGAGAAGACAAUCGAGAGUUCGGGGCGCAGCCUGAGGAUGAGCAGCUCCACGUGCUGCCGCUGUAUACCAUUGCUGCGGAGGAUGAGUUUGGGAGCACAGAAGGUCAGAAGAAGAAGAUACUGGAUGGGUCCAUUCAGGUUCUGCACUCAUUUCGGAGGAAAAGAGGCAAGAGGGUAGGAGAGCCAGCCAAGAGUUGCCGACAGAAGAAACCGGAGGGCAAGAAAGCAACUAGAAAGCUUUCUUGUCUGGAGAAUUACUCGAAUAAGAAUGAAAAGGAAAAGUCUUCCCGUACAAAGCAGCUGGAAAGUGCAAGCCAUAUGCCACAGAUGACAGCACAACCUCGGCUUCCAGGAUCUGUCAUCCAGCAGCCACUGUCACUCCAGGGUCACCUUCCGCAAGGACAGAGGCCGCAGCCACCUCAGCCACAGCAUGUCUCUCAUUCUUCUGGAUCCACCAAUGCCUACAUGAGUCAGCCUUACCCCAGCUCUACACACACAGACAUUUACGGAGAUGCCAACCAUGUGAACUUUUACCCCACUUCAUCUCAUACCAUGGGUCCAUAUCUGAGUCCUCCUAAUUCCUUGAACUCCUAUCCUGGGCAUUUCAAUCAGAAUAACCAAUACGCAGCUUUUCAGUGCAAUGGUAGUGUGUCAGCAGACAACGGCUCCCCUGCCUUAGGUUCGUACUCCCUCCAGGCUCAGUCCAGUGGUCUGCAUAGAUAUGCAAGCCAGAACCAUCUCACCAGUCUGAGCUUACCCCCUAUCCACACACUCUACCCACAGAGUUUUGGAGACAGUCCCUCUAAGUUCUUAAGUUAUGGAAACCAAAAUAUGCAGAGAGAUGCCUUCACUAACUGCACAGUAAAACCAAACAUACACAAUCUGGCCACCAUUUCUCCUUACCCCACACCCACGAUGGAUGGCCAUUUUAUGGGAGCUGCCUCUGGAUCACCAUACAGCCACCCAAACACAGACUACAAAACCAGUGAGCAACAUCUACCUUCUCACACUGUCUACGGCUACACUGCAGCAGCUUCGGACUCAGUGAGCAGUUCCAGUCAAGCCUUCCACAACAAGGAGAAUGACAACACUGUUGCAGUUCAAGGUCCAUCUUACAAUCUGACUGACUACAGUCAGGAGCAGCAGCCUGGGGUAUCAGGCCAAGAUGUGGCUUCUGAGGAGGACAGUGAGUAUUGGUCAGAUAGUGAGCACAACUUUCGGGAUCCUACCAUUGGAGGGGUGGCUAUAGCUCCAACCCACGGGUCAAUUCUCAUUGAGUGUGCAAGGUGUGAGAUUCACGCCACAACCAAACUCAAUGACCCCAACAAGAAUGAUCCCAGUAGGAUCUCGCUUGUGUUUUACCAGCAUAAGACAUUGAUUCUGCCAAAGCAUGGCUUCCUUCACUGGGAAGCCAAAAAAAUGGCCCGGACAGAAAAGGAGGAGCAUAGCAAACAAGAAAAGCCAGAGCCACAGGAACAGGAACCUACUUACCUGCGCUUCAUCCAGUCUCUUGCUGAGAACACAGGCUCAAUGACCACGGACUCCACUGUGACAACAGCCCCAUACGCUUCCACGCAGGUCACGGGGCAUUACAACACGUUUGUGUGAUGCUGGUCGUCAUGCCGGACCCUGUCUUUCCUGGCAUGAGCCUUGGGGACAGGUCACAGCAUCUGUGACAAAGACAGUAAGCAUUUGUGUGUAUGGUAAUGGGGGGGAAGGUUGUCAGCUCACCAGCAAAAUAGUUUAUUUUACCAUUAUACUUAAUCUCUACCAACUUCUCUGGUCACCAGUGGCAUUCAGGAAGAGUAAAGCAUCCAUCCUAUGCAAAGGGACAGUGGGAAGAAAGCGUUCUACAUUGGUUCUCGGCUGAGGUGAUGCAUGUAACAUGCCCCUCAACCAGCACUCUACUCAUGAUUGCUUCUAGUACCAAGUGUGUAAUCAUGGGACACAGUACUGUAGUAGAAGAGCUGCAGGAAUCAUCUGGUGCUGAUGUAUGAUAUAAUGAAAUACUGGAAUUAUGACUUUUUAACAUGCAGUUUUUACUGUAAUCUUAAUUUAUUUAUCAAAGUAGCUACAGAAAGCUUAAGUGGAUAAUGGCAAAACACUGAAUUUGUUUGGGUGUUAAUAUUAAAUGGUGCUACAAAAAAUGGUGUUUUUAAUAGCUGAAAAAUCAAUGCCUUUUAUCAUCCUGCCAGUGUAGUUCCCUUAAGGAACUGGACCCUGAAUUUUUCUUCAGCUUAGUUUUUAAAAUGUGGACAUUUUAAAGGCCUCUGGACUGCAGUGAUCCCUAUGGACUGCUGUGAUCCAUUAACGUCCUUGUAGGACUAUAAAUCAUGUAUGCAUAUACACACUUACACAUGUGUAUUGAAAUAUUUUAAGUAAGUUGUGUCUUAGAAGCACUUUGCUUACCUAAGCUUUGGCAACCUGAGCAAUGCUAAGGUACUGAAACUUAAAACAACAAACGUUUACUUUAGGAUUAAGUGUUUUUUUUAAAGGAAAGCUUUGAAAACAUUCACUUAGCCAUGUAUCAGCUGAUAAGCAGUUUCAUUGUUGUCAGGCCUAUUACAACCCAAACCGAAGCUGAAUGGGUGUGCUAGUUGACAAACACAUUUUUCUGGUGCUCAUCCUACAUCCUACACUAUAACAUUGAUUGGGGGAGCUCUUCUGUCUUGUGUACACAGCUUGAGAACUUGUGUUGCGUGCAUGCAGCCAGAGCUGGUCCAAUUAUCACCUAUGCUGUUCUGCAGAUCUGUAUGCCCUUCAGAACAUCACCAUCAGGCCCCCUUUGUGUUAAUGGUUAAUGCACGUGCUCUUUUAGCUGUGUGUUUGUUAUACAUACCAGGAAGACUGAGUGGACUGAAACCUCCAUAAGAUGAAAAGAUAUGGUUAAGUCCAUAUGACUGCUGGUUACAAAGCAACAAACAAAAACUGAAAGACUAGGCAGCUGGUUUGCUGUGGUUUUUUUUUUAAACAUUAAUUUGUAUUAAAAGGCGAAAGAGCUGUAUAGUAAAUUAAAUUGUAAAACAAAACCUUUUUUAAUGCAAUGCUUUAGUAUUUUAGUACUGUAAAAAAAUUAAAUAUAUACAUAUGUGUAUAUAUAUAUAAUAUAUAUAUAUAUAUAAUAUAUGAGAUUGAAGUAAAAUUUCACAUCACAAUGGUGCUACCCAGACUGCUCCAUAGAUCUUAAUGUGAGCUAAGAAUCCAUUCAAAGUUGGAGUGGUAUUCCUAUUACCUCAACACUAGCUUAGCAAUGCGGUACUGAGCUGAGAGUGGAGGCUUAGAGCAUUGUACACCACCAUUUUUUUUUAAAAAAUUUCUUUUGUAUCAUUAAGACAUACCAUUUUUAAAUACUUGAUUUCUUAGCAAGUAUAACUUGAAUCUCAAACUUUUGUUCUAAAAAUUCAGGGAUAUUUCAGCUCAUUUUCCUUAAGCCAACAUGUCAUCUGUUUAUGUAAAGUUAUCAGUUAAUAUAUUCUCUUUCAGGGAUUUAACUUGUUUUUCUUUUUUUUAUUUUGAAUCCCUCUUUGCUUGUCCAAAACUAAUUUUUAUAAAUUUGUCAACUUUCAAUUGUAAAUUUUGGGGAGUUGGGAAGUUCAGCAGAGUAAAAACUCUCAAAUAGGAAGCGCUGAGCUAGUAAAGGGAAAAUUGAGAGGUAAAAAUCAGGCUAACACCAGGCCAAAUCACCAGUAAUGGCUUCUGAUCUGGUGAUGGGGACAGCUUCGGGCUGCAGCUCAGCAGUCCUAGAAGCUGACAUGUGCUGUGCAAUAGGACUGUUACAUUGUGGCCUAAAUACAGUGUUGCUUACUAGCUUUUCAAAUGGCUUUGUGUCAGUCGAGACCUUUAAUUUAUCAGUAACAUCUGUCACUCAAAAUUUUGAGCAAUGCCUGCCUUGCACACAACACCACAAGGUUAAUGAUUUACACACCUUGGUGAAACAUCACAUCAGGGUCCUGCAGGUGUGUUUGGUAAUCUUGAGCCAGCCAUCCCUAAGGAAUAUAUUUGCUUUAGAUGUCACCCACUGUCAUUUGUCAAACUGCUGGCAAAUACAAUAGGAACAGUAAGUGUAGUUUGAGAGGAUGGGUCAUAGGAAAAAAGGCAGUGACACACCCUACCUCUGUCCAUCAGAUUGAGUGGAAGGCAGAUCUAUGAUUUGCUUCUAUAGGAACAACUUGACUACAGAGCCAUACUUGAAAGAGCUGCUUGGUGUCAACAUUACUUGAAUGAAUUUUUCAUCUUGAUUGACGCACAGUGAUGUAUAGUUCACUUUCCAAGGUAGUGUGGUUAACUUGUUAGGAAACUUUUGCAGUUUGACACUAAGAUAAAUGAACUUCUGUGUGCAUUUUCUAUUUUUUUUUAAUUUUUAUGCUUUCCUUUUUUUUAAAAUGUAGUUUCCUUCAUGAGAUGUUGGCUUUGUUUAAACAAUCUGAGGGUGGUUAUAAAUACUGUAAGUAUUGUUAUGAAUGCAGUUUAUUUUAAAGCUGUUAUAUCAUUCCUAAUAACGCCAUG